GACUUUGCCAUUUAUCAGAGAUUGGAAGACAACAAGAGCCCAAUUGCAGUUGCCACCUGGAACCACCUAGGAAAAUUUUCUUCAGAAGGCAUCAGAACACUUUGUGUUGCUUACCGGUUUCUUGAUUUUAGUAUGUACCAAUCAUGGAAUGCAAUGUUUCAAGAAGCAAGGUCUUCUUUAACUGACCGAGAACAGAGAAUACAUCAAGUUGCAGAGUUAAUCGAGGAACAAUUUAUUUUACUUGGGUGUGUAGCAAUUGGGGACAAGCUACAAGAUGGUGUUCCCACGUGCAUUCAUAUUUUGCUGCAAGCUGGUAUCAAAAUUUGGGUUUUGACUGGAGACAAGAUAGAAACUGCAAUCAAUGUUGGUUAUGCAUGUGGUUUUAUUGAUGGAAAUAGAAGGCAAAUAGUCAUUAUUUACUAAUGAUUCAAACACAAAGGGGAUUUUGAGGGUUUUGGGCAAUCGAAACUGGUUACACUAGCGCAAGUGGGUGGUUACUACAACUGAUCUUUUGGGUACGGCAAAGCUUGGGUUUUGUUGUGGUGAUUCAAAUUUGAACGACCAUGACGCCGUUUGCAGGAGUAUUGAUAAUUGUGGCAAUGUAUAGCCGAUUUGCAGAGUCUGCAAUGGAGCUCCCUGGAUGGCUCGGUGAAACGUAUAGGAUACCAUUGAGAACUAGCAAGGAUGCGUCUAAACUUUCCAUAUUGAAAUAUGGUCCACCUUCUGGCUUUGAUCCAGCUCGAGUAACUCAGUUGUCUUGGCAUCCCAGGGCCUUUUUGUACAAGAAUUUCCUUACAGAUGAAGAGUGUGAUCAUCUCAUUGCAUUGUCAAGAGACAAGAUGGAGAAAUCCAUGGUUGCAGACAAUGAGUCAAGGAAAAGUGUUAUGAGUGAAAUCCGAACAAGCUCAGGAAUGUUCUUGAGUAAAGGCCAGGAUGAAAUUGUUGCAAGGAUCGAGGAAAGGAUUGCAGCUUGGACAUUUCUUCCAAAAGAAAAUGGAGAGGCAAUGCAGAUUUUGCAUUACGAAAAUGGCCAGAAAUAUGAACCUCAUUUUGAUGAUAAACUCAAUCAAGCCAUGGGUGGUCACAGAAUUGCCACAGUGCUGAUGUAUUUAUCUGAUGUGGUGAAGUGGGGAGAGACUGUCUUUCCUAAUGCAGAAUCAAAGCAGAGCCAGCCAAAAGAUGAUUCGUGGUCAGAAUGUGCCAAGCGUGGCUAUUCAGUGAAGCCCAACAAAGGGGAUGCCCUACUGUUCUUCAGUCUUCACCCAGGUGCUACAACUGCUGAAACUGGAUGGGACUUCAGUUCACGAUGGAUGAGUAAUUAGAAGAAUCUUACAACAUUGCAUACCACUUCUAUCAUACCUGUAGAUCUGAAUACUUAUUUAUUGCAGAUG